AGUCAGUGUGCGCGCGAUCCGGGGGUUGGUGGAUGACGCCACGUGAGCUGAACCAGUCAAACCAGUCGAACCGUCACCACCGCGGGUUCCACACCUCACCGCUGCCGCUGCUCUCCUCCGGUCCUCAUCCACCGAGCUGCAGCAACAUCGCCCGGGGACGCACACGCUCAUCUCCGCGGUAAAAACCGACAGAAACCCGCCUCUGCCUCUCUGACAGUUCCUCCGGCAGCCGGACCGAACAGCCCUCAUCAUGUCUAAAGGCACAGUGGUUCUGGCCUACAGCGGCGGACUGGACACGUCCUGCAUUCUGGUUUGGCUGAAGGAGGAGGGCUACGAUGUCAUCGCGUACUUGGCCAACAUCGGGCAAAAUGAAGAUUUUGAAGCUGCGCGGAAAAAGGCAGAAGUCCUCGGGGCAAAGAAGGUUUUCAUUGAGGACCUGCGUGCACAGUUUGUGGAGGAGUUCAUCUGGCCGGCAGUUCAGGCCAACGCUGUGUACGAGGACCGCUACCUGCUGGGCACGGCCAUAGCUCGGCCCUGCAUCGCCCGCCGCCAGGUUGAAAUCGCACGCAGCGAGGGCGCCCAGUAUGUCUCCCAUGGCGCCACGGGAAAGGGUAAUGACCAGAUCCGGUUUGAGCUCACGUGCUACGCCCUUUACCCCGAGGUUAAGAUCAUCGCACCGUGGAGGAUCCCCGAGUUCUACAAUCGCUUCCGCGGGAGAAAGGACCUGAUGGAAUACGCACAGAAACAUGGCAUUCCGGUGCCCGUGACUCCCCGUGCACCCUGGAGCAUGGACGCCAACUUCAUGCACAUAAGCUACGAGUCCGGCAUCCUUGAGGAUCCCAAGAAUCACGCUCCGGACGACCUGUACCUGAUGACCAGGAACCCACAAGAUUCCCCCAACAGCCCCGAUCGACUGGAGAUAGAGUUCAGAAAAGGAGUUCCUGUCAAGGUGAUCAAUCUGAAAGACGGCACAUUCAAGGACAUACCACUGGAGAUCUUCUCACUCCUGAAUGAGAUUGGAGGCAAACACGGAGUGGGCAGGAUUGACAUUGUCGAGAACCGUUACAUUGGAAUGAAGUCUAGAGGGAUUUAUGAAACCCCCGGAGGGACCAUCCUGUUACAGGCUCAUUUGGACAUCGAGACCUUUACCAUGGACAAAGAGGUCCGGCGGAUCAAGCAGGGACUGAGUAUCAAGUUCUCUGAACUCGUCUACAAUGGUUUCUGGUUCAGUCCAGAGGGUGAGUUUGUGCAACACUGCAUAGCCAAGUCCCAGGAGAACGUGGAGGGCAGAGUGCAGCUGUCCGUCUUCAAGGGUCAGGUCUAUAUCCUGGGACGAGAGUCACCCAAGUCCCUUUACAACGAAGAGUUGGUCAGCAUGGACGUGCAAGGGGACUACGACCCAUGUGACGCCUCUGGAUUCAUCCGGAUUAACGCUGUCAGGUUAAGGGAACACCAUCGUUUGCAGGGUUUCUCCAGCACCAAGCAGUAACUGCUGCAGCCCACAUUUUACUUUCUGCCUUCUGCCUUCCGCUGUGUCAUAACCGGUUGUAGCUUUAGGCCUCCAUUGUCCACCUUUUACCUUCAAUUUUAUUGUUAGCUGUAUUAGCAUUAGCACACCAGACACAAAGAUGAGAGCCCGACCAAUGUUGAUAUUUUGGGGGUGCCAAUGCCGAUACGGAUAUUAUGAAGUAAUAAAAUCCAAAUACAGAUAUAUUUGCUGAUAUGAAUAAUUAGGAAAGUGCCAAUGAUUCCUAAGAUGAAAUGAAAUAAUGAUACAAAAAAUAUAACUGAGGCUUGAUAUUUCCCAGUUUAACCCUAAACUUUAUUUUUAAAUAACCAUCAAUAAAAUCACAAAUAGAAACAAGUAUAAAGAAUUUGAUUUAGGAGUUACAUAAAAUAAACAUAUUCUCUGCAUCGUUUAUACUUUCAAACUUCAAUAUGUCAAAGGCUCCUAUCAGCCAAUUGUAUCAGUCGGGCUCUUUGGUGGAAAGGUGUGAAAAAUUAAAUGUGGAUUGAAGAAUUUAGAAGAUUGUUUACUGAAUUUGUCUGGUUCUUAGUAUCAGUAGAUCAGUUCUUGAAGUCAAACAUUUACAAAUGAAUUGUUGUAGAAAUAAAAUAGUGAAUUGUG